CCGACGGUGUCUGUAUUUCUGUGGCCCUUUACAAGAAGCAGAAGACUUAGCACGAUGUUUUUGGCAAAGAGCUGUUUGGCACAAUUACUGCUUUGGUCAAAAGCUUACGGGGCGGCUCGAGAGCAAACCCUCGUUUCGUCAGGCUCCUAAUUGUAGACCUCCAGUUUCUCACCUGGCACACAAGGAAGAGGAGGCGCGGAGCUGUAAAGUGUUAAAUUAACAUUGGAUUUAGCAAAGAUGGUUUCACACCUCUCUGGGCUGGCUCAGCCGGCUUUUCUCUUCCGAAAAUGAGCGGCACAGCAUGUUGUUUGGAGAGAUGUUCUGCUGUGUGGAAAUACAGGCUCUGCUGUUCCUGAAAGCCCGAGUUCAUUAAUAAUGAGAUACCGCGGAAUUAGUGGGACGGGUCCUUUCUCUGGCCCCUGUCUGGGGAUGAUUGCCUGAUGGGAAGCCUCUUGAAAAUCGUCGCGGUGUGAUUUAGCUUGUGAUUACCCUGCUUGGACCGAUUGCUGCUAACGCCUGCCCUGGUCCCGUGUUUUCUCUCUCCGCAGGCUCCAUCCGUCUCCCAUCUCUCCAGGAUGAGAGGGGUUUGGGUUCGGCUUUUCCCCUCCCCCUGUAGUUGAUAGUUUCGGAACCAGAGGUGAUGCUGGAGUCGAGAUGGCAGACAGCGUGAAAACCUUCCUUCACGACCUCGUCAGGGGAAUCAAGGACUCCAUCUGGGGCAUCUGCACCAUCUCCAAGCUGGAUGCCCGGAUCCAGCAGAAAAGGGAAGAGCAGAGGCGAAGGAGAGCAAACAGCGCGCUGGCCCAUCGGAGGUUUCACAUGGAAGAGAAGAAGCAGGAGAACGAGCCCCGGAUAGUGAGCCGGAUAUUUCAGUGUUGUGCCUGGAAUGGAGGCGUUUUCUGGCUUAGCCUCUUCCUGUUCUACCGCGUCUUUAUACCCGUGCUCCAGUCGGUCACGGCACAGAUCAUCGGCGACCCUGCCCUGCACGGCGAUGUCUGGUCCUGGCUGGAGUUCCUCCUCACCUCCAUUUUCAGCGCGCUCUGGGUGCUGCCCCUCUUCGUGCUCAGCAAGGUGGUCAACGCCAUCUGGUUUCAGGACAUCGCGGAUCUGGCGUUCGAGGUUUCGGGCAGAAAGCCUCACCCCUUCCCCAGCGUCAGUAAAAUCAUCGCCGACAUGUUGUUUAACCUCCUGUUGCAGGCGCUCUUCCUCAUCCAGUCCAGCGGUUGCCUCUUCUCCAUCCUUUUCCCUCUCUUCAUCAUCAGCGCCAACGAAGCGAGGACCCCCGGCAAAGCCUACCACUUCCAGCUCCGUCUCUUCUCCCUGGUGGUUUUCCUCAGCAACAGACUCUUUCACAAGACCGUUUACCUUCAGUCCGCCCUGAGCGCUGCUUCCUCCUCCUCCUCCUCCUCCCAGCCCGCUCCGGGCCGCUGAGCCGUGACCCAGCCCAGCGCCGUGGCUCUGCCUCGUCCCCCCCCGCCACCAUGGCCAAAAAUUCCGGAUUUUUAGCCCAAGAGCGGCUCGUUUUACAGCGGACUCUUUUGUACCCUCGCCGCCCCCCGGCGAGCGGUGGGUUCCUCCGCGGGACCCCCCCUCCCCGUGCAUGUGCCGUUUCUGUAGGACCGGGGACGGAACCAGCAACGGUCAAAAACAAAAAUCCGUUGGGUUUGGGGGUUUUUUUGGGAGGGGGGUGGGGCCCGGUUUAUCAACUUUUCUCGAAGUAUUUUCACACCGAGACAUUAAAUGGAGAAAGCGC